UCUGGAACCUGAGCGGACAAGAAGAUACACAUCGGUGUAAAUGCAAAGAGCGAAAAAUACACACAAACACCAUCGUACCUGGGAGAGUGCGUAAGAGUUUAGUGACACCAGCAAGCCAUAUAUGUCGCCUCGAACACAGCAGACGUAAAGAACCUUGAUGGCGUUUGAGGACGUCGACAUACGCCGCUUUCUGUCGUCUGGGUGAGCAGUCCAGAGAGUCGUGGCGGUGCACAGCAGUCAAGAACAGCUUGGUCGCCGGACCUCAUAACUGGGUGGGCUCUUGAACUCUGAAUUCAUCUCAAAGACUUGGCGUCUUACUUGCAACGGCCUUCGUCUCCAGACACUCUUCCAGGAAUCGCUCUAGCGAGAGGCAUACUUCAGAAAGACCUUGCGCAUUGUUGCGGGCGUUCCACAUCGAAUCAGAGAAGCAGCAGCCGGACGAUAAGUUAAGAUGCUGCCUGCUGUAUCACGUGGUUCUUUACUCAGGGCAGGACUCCUCAGAACCUUUUCUGGGGACUCUACACUACGAGCUGGACUGCCGCUUCAGGUUGACACUGCCCAAGUCGAGCCGCGAAGUUCGAGUCUGCCAAGUCGAGCCACGAGUCUCAACUUGGAUGCACACUAACCAGCAGAAGGACGUGAUCAGCAGUCCCUGUACAGGGUGUACCUCCUCUGUCGCGUCAAAAAGUUCCGUUGCGGAGACCUUUGUUACAGCUUGUCCGACACAACAGUCAGGCGCAUACCGGUAUAGUCGGUGUCAGUCGCUUCAGGCAACGAGCUCAUGUUCCUUGUCUCUCUCCCUGUUGACCGUCGGCGGCGGAGGGGCAGCAGGCGCGCGCCGUUCCGGUCCUGCGUCUCCUCGAAGCGAGCAGACGCAGAGAAACGCCCUGCAUGCGCGCGCACAGGAGGAACUCGGGAGAGUCAGAACGGCCACCACCGCCAGGGGCUUCAACAGUCCGAGAACAGAGAGAGAAGCGAGAGGGUGUGGAGUCGAAAGAGAGGCAGGGGACGCGUCAGAAACAACGCCUGUGCACCUCGAGUUCGCCCAGGAAUGUCUUGACGCCCCUGACGCGCUUGAGAGAAGUCUUGUCGCGUUCCGACACGCAGAGAGACAAAGCGGAUGCGGAUGGGGAGAAAUCCGAGAGAAAAAAAGUCAUCUGGUUUCCCGCGAAAACGCCGCUCUGUGUCCUUCCCUUGCUGAGAGGCACACACAGUGUCGCUGCAUGCAGCUCUGCAACUCCUCGGUUCGCCGUCUCGUUGCAGAGUGGAAAGGCUCUUUCUCCAAACGCGAAACGUUCUCGCGUUCACCCUGUGUCACAGAGAAGACAGCGUGCUUGAGAAUGAGGAUUUCCGCGUUUCGAAAACCGUCAUCUUUUCUCGACAAGUUCGUCGCGUGUGUAACAGGAAAGGCUGCGGACUGCUGCGCUGUCUCUCUGUCUCGAGCGCUGCUUUGGCGCGACUUGACGUGUGUCGCGCCCUGACAACGCCGAGGAGCACUUUCGAAUGUUUCCGAGUUUUUGCGUUCCCUUUCUUUAUUUGCCGAGAUUUCUUCUUUCUGUCUUUCUAUCGAAAGCUUGUCCUCGGAAACCAUCGCACAGGCGCAGGCGGGCUUCCCUGUCAGUUUCUCGCUGUCCCGAGCUUGUCGUCCCAGGCACGCGACUCGCCUUUUGCCUGCCUUGUACAUGAAUGUCUGUCCAGCUAGCGAGCUUCGACUCUCUCUUGACAACAACACAGUUUCUUCGACAGUAGCAAACACGGCUUUUUCAACCGGCCUGGACGCAGGUCCACUUCGCUUGCCUCGUUGCGACAGGCGUCAAGCCUGCCGUCCGUUUUUGGUCGCGCGACUUCCUCCUUUUUCCAGUCGUUCGCGUUCGCGCUCAUGACAUCGCCUCCCUCUCACACUCUGGCUGGGGGAAGAACUCUCUUCUCCAGCGGCGUCUGCCUGCAAACUGCGGCUCUGGCGCCAACAGCUGCUUCGAACGUUGCCGCACGCGGCGUACGUACACCUGGACCUACGCAGCGGACGGCUCUGAUUUUUUCAAGGCAGCAGACGAGAGAGGAAAGCGAGGUCCCCCAGUUCCAGCGCUUGUGCCUUCUCGUUUUUCUUUCACGUAUCUGCAGAAGUCUCUGCAUGGCCUGAGGAGAGAAAACGAAGACCGGACCCGCGUCCUUGGUCGGGCAGGCUCAGACUCUG